AGAACACUUCACAACACCACUGACAGAGUGUUGGACUGGACUUGUGAUAUUAGCAGCCAGACAGCUUUGCAGCUCCCUUUGCACAGUGGUGGUGAGAUUUGAAACAGACACUGGUCAGCAUGAGCACAGCAGGCAAAGUUAUUAAAUGCAAAGCAGCAGUAAUGUGGGAAGCCAAGAAACCAUUUUCUAUUGAGGACGUGGAAGUUGCCCCACCAAAAGCAGAUGAAGUUCGUAUAAAGAUUGUUGCCACAGGGAUCUGUCGCUCUGAUGACCACGUGGUAACUGGUGCACUGCUUAUGCCUUUCCCAAUAAUUCUUGGGCACGAAGCAGCUGGUGUUGUGGAGAGUGUUGGGGAAGCAGUAACUUCAGUCAAACCAGGAGACAAGGUUAUUCCACUCUUCAGUCCACAAUGUGGGAAGUGCAGCAGUUGCUUAAACACGAAGGGCAAUCUGUGCAGUAAUAAUGAUCUUGGUUCAGGUGCUGGAUUCAUGCCUGAUGGCACCACUAGAUUCACCUGUAAAGGAAAAGCAAUUCACCACUUUCUUGGUACCAGUACAUUCUCCGAAUACACAGUCGUGCAUGAAUCUGCUGUUGCCAGAAUCGAUUCAGCUGCUCCUCUGGAAAAAGUUUGUUUAAUUGGCUGUGGAUUUUCAACUGGUUAUGGGGCUGCUAUUCAGACUGCCAAGGUGGAACCAGGCUCCACUUGUGCCAUCUUUGGUGUCGGCGGCGUUGGCCUCUCUGUUGUCAUGGGCUGCAAGGCAGCUGGAGCCUCCCGUAUCAUUGCUGUUGAUGUCAAUAACAACAAGUUUGCCAAGGCCAAAGAGCUGGGAGCCACAGACUGUGUCAACCCUAAAGAUUUCAACAAGCCCAUCCAUGAAGUGUUGAUUGAAAUGACUGGGGAGGGUGUUGACUACUCCUUCGAGGUCGUCGGCUGCACUGACACCAUGACUGCAGCCUUGGCCUGUUGCCACUACAACUAUGGGGUCAGUGUGAUUGUGGGAGUGCCCCCAUCAGCAAAAAACCUCACUUUUGACCCCAUGCUGCUCUUCACUGGUCGCACCUGGAAAGGCUCUGUUUUUGGAGGCUGGAAGAGUAAAGAUUCAGUCCCUAAACUCGUUGAUGACUACAUGAAGAAAAAAUUUGUUCUGGAGCCAUUAAUAACCCACACACUUCCUUUCAGUAAAAUCAACGAAGGGUUUGAUCUGCUAAGGACAGCACAGAGUAUUCGCACUGUCCUCCUGCUUUAGGAUUCCCAGUUGUUAAGCUGCAGAUGGUUCAACACCAGUACAAACUUUGCUAUAUUCCAGUGCAACCAUUAUGAAAGACAAAUCAACACUGCUGAAAGGUCUGCCAGCACCAACCAAGAAUGAAAGGAUCAAGCCCAAAUCCUGACUUCAAGCACAGCAUUUAUAAAUUAAAUAAUCUUCCUACUACUGCUUCUUUCUCCUGAUUCUUGCUUUAAAUCCAUUGUAUUCUGAUGCAAUUUUCUCUUAUUAGCCAGUUAAAAAUUGUAGAACUUGCUGCUGUCACAUGUAUUAUGAAAGGUUUGGAUUAUUUUUAAAUGGAUUUUAAUAUUCAGACAUUUAAUAAAACUAAGGAAACUGUUCCUUUGGGCUUUCAUAACACUGCAAGCUUAACAAAUGUGUGCAUGCAGCUAAGUGCAAUAAAAAACCUAGUUGACCUAUGCAACCAUCCUGAUUGGAUUUUAGCAUUCCUUUACCCUGAAAGGCAAGUAAAUUACUGCAGAGAUUAAAAUUUGUGGUGACCAGUUGUUUGAAUUUAAAAGUGCAGUAAAGGAUAUUUAAGUAAAUCAUAGACCUAGGUACUGGAUAUUUUACCAAGCACUGGAUAUUUUACCAAAAUAAACCAGUGUUCCCAUAAA